AUGGCGUCGACCAACAAAGUUUCCCCACGAAAACAGUGGGGCUCUGAUAUAACCAGCCCUGUUAAAAAGUAUCGGAAAAGGCCUCUCUCAACGAUAGAGACUCAGACAUGGCCGGUGUUGACAAAAGAGCCAACAAAUAGUUUUACGAAACAGCCAGCAAAACGUUUUGCACAAGAGGCAACAAAUGAUUUUACAAGAGAGCCAACAUAUAGUUUUACACAAGAACCAACAAAUGGUUUUACAAAAGAGCAAACAAAUAGUUUUGCACAAGAGCCAACAAAUGCUUUCACAAAAGAGUCAGCAAAUGAUUUUACAAGAGAGCCAACAUAUAGUUUUACACAAGAAUCAACAAAUGGUUUUACAAAAGAGCCAACAAAUAGCUUAACAAAAGAUCUAACAAAUGGUUUUUCAAAAGAGCCAACAAAUUUUUUUACAAACGAGCCAACAAAUGGGUUUAAAGAAGAGUCAACAAAUAGAUUUACAAGAGAGGCAACAAAUAGUUUUGCACAAGAGCCAACAAUUGAUUUUACAAGAGCACCAACAAACCGUUUAACAAAAGAGUCAAAAAAUGGUUUUAGAAAAGAGCUAACCGUUGGUUUUACAAAUGAAUCAACAAGAAAUUCAUCAAAAAGGUUACCAAAAAAAUCAACAAGAAAAUCCAGUAAGGUUUUCACAAAAGAUUCAAAACAAUUGUUUAAAAAAGAGUGGAACAUAAAAAUAUCAACAAAGUUGGCCCUUUAUUUGUUUGCAAACACGAACGAUGGAACCGGCAUCUAUUCAGAAAGAAACGACUUCAUAAAGGAUUUGCUAAAAUUUGUUGUAAACAACGAAUUUUGGCUGUUUGUAGAAAGCAAUAGCGAAGAUUAUCUAAAAUCCGUCCACAAAUGUUUGAUCCAAUCAUCUUUUGAAGCAAAAGAACACGACCCAGCAAUAUUCGGACGCUCCAGUUGUGUUCCAAGGGGAAAACGCCAAAAUGACUUCUGCAAAGAUUACUUCCUAUUCGACUUAGAUGGAAACAGAUAUUUAAAGAAUGAAGAGCAAAAUAAUCUUGAGGCGUUUAAAACAAACAAAAUAACAUUUCAAUCAGCUAUUUUUAUGAACGACACAAACCGCGACUUCGAGUCUAUAGUCUAUCAAUGCAAAUCAAACAUACCAGUUGUCCUAAUGAAGGACAUUGACAAAAGUACAGAAGCGUUGUGGAAAAAGCUUGACAGCUUGAAAAUGUUAACGAAAGAACUGAAAGAGAAACUGAUAUCAAUAUUUACUAUAGAAGGACGCUAUGACAAAGAAAAAGACGAUAUCGCAAGAAUUAUCUUGUCGGCUAUUAGAAAAACAAUUCCAGCUCUUAACAACCAUAGACUAGAUGGGAAUCUCAACUCUCAAACAACAAGCAGUUCGUAUUCUGAUAGAGACCAAUCUGUGCCUGACACUAGCCGAUCUUUGUCUGAAGUCAAGUUUUCCACCGAUGACCAGCCCACCACAAACACGAAACUACCCACUGACCAAACAGCCGCAACAGGGAAAGCAUCAAAAACGUUAGAGUAUUUUUUGCUGUGUCUGAAAGUAAAUUGCCUCGAAAAAGCUCGGGAAUUUGCCGAUAUCUGGCAAUGGGAUUCAGAGCUUACAAGUCAAGUCAUAAAUCAAGCCGUUGCAGAUGACUGCUCGGAUUUUAUUCGCUUGAUACUUGAAGAGGACUUACAUAUUUUGGAAUACAUCGACCAGGGUGUAUUUUCUAAAAACAGACACCAUUGUAAAUAUCACUUGCCUGGAACAACUUUUAAAAAUUCUGAAAAGGUGGGUUGGUUUCAGUAUGAUUCAGUUUCACUUAUUGCAUUAAAUAAACACAGGCCAGUUGAACUGCAGCUGGAGGUCACUGAACUGCAAGCAAAUGAACGCCAUAGAGACCAGUUCAAAGAAGGGCGGUUGGGUUUUUAUAAAUUUUUGCCCAAUGAAGAAUUUCCAAAUAUUUAA